AUGGGUCGUAGAAGAAUCGAAAUCAAGAAGAUACUCAGUGAAAGCGCCAGAAGGACGACCUUUAAGAAGAGGAAAGAAGGACUUUUCAAGAAGGCUUAUGAGCUGUCUGUUCUCACAGGCUGUAGGGUAUCCCUUUCCAUCGUCGAAAGCGAGAAGGGCGCUGAAUAUGUCUUCGAUCCGACAGAGCCACAGCCGUCUAAGGAUACAAAUAGGGCUACUGAAUCCAGAAAUAAGAGCCAAGAACCCGUUUUGCCGGUAGAAGAAGUGAUUUCGACAGCUUUGACGCUACCAGAAGCUAGCUCCUCAUCAGUUACGGCGAUCGAGCCUAGCAAGAGCACCACGAUUGGCACGCCUGACAUACAAUCAUUCGAUACGUUGCUGUGGAGCUUCGACAGCAGUAUGGACUUGAUGCCUUUCACAGACUGCAUGGGCAUAUCAGCUUGGGAAGAAACGUGGAUGAAAGAUUGUCUCGACUUUGCUGGUCUACCGCAAAGCAUGCUCGCACCACAGUCAGCAUUUACACCACCAUGCUUCACCGACCCUUGCGGUCUUUCACUAUACUCACCCUUGCCCUACUUAACACAUGACUUUGGUUGGCUUACAGCAAACCCAAUCCAAAUGCCAUCCUUUUUGUGA